UCCACCCUGCUGUGCGUAAGAGCGCAAUUAAGGAUUUAACCAAGCCUAUGCUGCGCCCCAGCCAGCAGUCUGCCGGAGACAGACACCGCGCCGCAGCCUCCUCCCCCAGACAUGUCUGCUUAGAGCCGAGCAGCCCCGCCGCCAGCCCCAGCCCGCCGAGGCUCCGAGCUAUGACAGGAGUAUUUGACAGAAGGGUCCCCAACAUCCGAUCCGGCGAUUUCCAAGCUCCUUUCCAGACGGCUGCAGCCAUGCACCACCCGUCCCAGGAAUCUCCCACUUUACCCGAGUCCUCCGCUACGGAUUCCGACUACUACAGCCCGGCGGGGGGAGCCCCGCACGGCUACUGCUCUCCUACCUCGGCUUCCUACGGCAAAGCGCUCAACCCCUACCAGUAUCAGUACCACGGCAUGAACGGAUCUGCCGGGAACUAUCCUGCCAAAGCCUAUGCAGACUACAGCUACGCCAGCCCCUACCACCAGUACAGCGGGGCUUACAACCGGGUCCAGAGCUCCGCCAGCCAGCCAGAGAAGGAGGUGGCGGAACCCGAGGUGCGAAUGGUGAACGGCAAACCAAAGAAAGUGCGCAAACCCCGGACUAUUUAUUCCAGCUUUCAGCUGGCAGCGUUGCAGAGGAGGUUUCAGAAGACCCAGUACCUCGCCCUGCCCGAGCGGGCCGAGCUGGCAGCCUCCCUGGGACUCACGCAAACACAGGUGAAAAUCUGGUUUCAGAAUAAAAGAUCCAAGAUCAAGAAGAUCAUGAAAAACGGGGAGAUGCCUCCGGAGCACAGCCCCAGCUCCAGCGACCCCAUGGCCUGCAACUCUCCACAGUCACCUGCGGUUUGGGAAUCUCAGGGCUCGUCCCGCUCCCUCAGCCACCAUGCCCACGCACACGCUCACCCUCCAAACUCCAACCCGUCCCCUGCAUCCAGCUACCUGGAGAGCUCCACUUCCUGGUACCCCGCUGCCAACUCCAUCAACUCCCACCUCCAACCCCACGGCUCCCUACAGCACCCGUUAGCGCUGGCCUCUGGGACGAUUUAUUAGAGCCUGACCCUAUUAUUUUAUUAUUUUUUUUGUUGUUCCUUGGACUCCUGUGUUUUACUGUUAAGGAAUAAUAACGAAAGGAAUGCAUAUGGGGAACUUUUUAAAGGGAAAAGAAACAAUCAAAAAGAUUAAAAUGUGUAAAGCUUGUGCAUGUAACUUAUUGCAUUUCAAAGGAAACCCUUUUUUAUACAAUACGGACAUUUUUUGGCUCAGCUGUGGACACUAUCAUUGGUGCCUUGAAAUCUAUGACCUCAACUUUUCCAGAGACUUUUUUCAAUGUUAUUUUAACCCUGUAAAUAAUUGUAGAUAGAGGAAUUAAACUGUAUAUUCUGAAUAAAAUAAAAUUAUUUCGACC